AUGGAGUUGAUCAACACCUUGAAAGGUUACGACGAAGUAUCCGACCCAGAAAACCAGAUUCCUUCUCCACUUCCCAAACCACCUUCCCGUAAAACCUUAAUCGCCAUUGUUUCCAUCAUAUCCCUCCUCUUGAUCCUCGCCUUAACUGCCGGAGCUUUCACUCGUCGUUCACACAACCUUCCCAUCUCUUCCAAGCCGCUCAAAGCAGUCCGUGCCGUGACUCAUUACCCAGAGACCUGCUUCAACGCCUUAUCUUCAUCCCUCGAAGGAAAACUCAACCCUGAAUCAAUCCUCGAGCUCUCACUUCGAGUCGCUUCUAAGAAGGUAUCCAACCUCUCCGUGUCUUUCCGAUCUAUCAACGAUAUGCCUGAGGAAACGGUGGUUGGUGACUACGUGAAGCUGUACGCGGACGCGGUGAGUCAACUGAACGAGUCGAUAUCAAAGUUCAAGAGGGAAAAGAAGAAUGGAGGGAACUGGUUGACGAAGAGGGUCGUCGGAGAUGUUAAGACUUGGAUCAGCGCCGCCAUGACUGACGACGAGACUUGCUCUGAUGGGCUUGAGGAAAUGGGAACAGUUGUGGGUAACGAGAUCAAGAAAGAGAUGUUUACGGUGAAUCAGAUGAUGAGUAUUAGCUUGGCCAUUGUUAGUCAAAUGAAGAAACUUCUCAUUAUUUUUCACUGA